AUUAUUAAAAGCAAAAAUAUUAUAAUACGAUUUUUUUUACUUAAUAUUUGAUUCAGUUAAUCAUUGCUGAUCAAAAUUUAAAAUAAAAUAUGUUGCCUAAAGUGGUUUUGUUAUUUAUACUCCUAUUUGUGCUAUUCGUUUUAAAUAUAGAUACAACAGAUGGCGAAGUUGUAAUUUCGGAGAAUAUGUUGCAGGACUGUUUAAAUGAAAAAGAAUUUCAUCAUCAUGUUGUUUUUAUGCAUACUGGUACUUUCAAACUAAAUUUUAAAUAUAUACUUUAUCUAAUAAAAUUUACUGCCAUACAAGAUAAAAUGACUGUUGAUGAGAUGAAGAAACUAUGUCAUAAAAAACUUUCACAUUAUAUUUGUUCGCCUUAUAAAAAUGAAAAAAAUUUCGAAUUAUUAAGAGAAUGUAUAGCACUAGUAAAGAAAUGCAGUAACGAAUACACAGAUUAUGUAUAUGAUUCAGAGAAAAUUGGCAAAUCGUUUUCGCAAUUGAAUUCCAAAAACAAACACAGAAUAAUUCCACGUUGGCUUUUUAAUUCUAAACAAGAUACUAAUGAUAAGUUGUAGUUAUUUAAAUCAUCAUCAUAUUUCCAUGAUUUUAAUCUAAAUAUUAUUAUCAUGGGGGCUAAGGGGGGCUGUAAUACAAGAUGAUAAGUUGAUGAACAAAAAUUAAACAUCAGCACUAUUAUAAAAGCAUUUUUAAAACAGAUUUAACAAUCUAUAGCUAGAUAAAUUUUAUUACAAAAACAGUGAACAAUAAUAACAUUAUUAAAUACAUUUUUAUAAAUACACUGGUAAUGUCUUUUUAUUUUAA